AUGGCUGCGUUGCGCGCUUAUAUCGACGCUCCUUUCGUGAGUGUCUCGUCGAUCCUGGGAGCGUCCGUUGACGAAGUUAAACUCAUUGGAUCCUUCAUUCUUUCAUACCCCUUAGCGGCUAUCCUCAAGCGAAUCCCCGACAGAGAUCCAUGGAAAAAGAAUGCCUUCAUUGUCUUCGUGUCUCUUUUCUAUAUUAUUGGGCUGUACGAGCUCUGGGAUGGCUUGCGAACCCUGCUCUACAGCUCUGUGGCAACCUAUCUCAUUGCCUACUACAUUGACGGUUCUUUGAUGCCUUGGAUCGGCUUUACCUUCUUGAUGGUGCACAUGUCCGUCAGCCAUAUUCACCGACAAAUAACAGAUGAUGCGUCAGUCGUCGAUAUCACCGGACCUCAAAUGGUGCUUGUCAUGAAACUUUCGGCAUUUUGCUGGAAUGUGCAUGACGGUCGGCUUCCACAGAGUGAACUCUCAGAUGCUCAAAAGUACGCCGCAAUCAAGGAGUUCCCAAGCGUAUUAGAUUUUGCCGGAUAUGUUCUAUUCUUCCCGUCCUUGUUCGCAGGUCCUGCCUUUGACUAUGUUGACUAUCGCCGAUGGAUCGAAACAACGCUGUUUGAUGUUCCACCAGGCACCGAUCCCUCGAAGAUCCCGCCAACUCGCAAGAAGAGAAAAAUCCCGCGUAGUGGACGUCCAGCGACGGCGAAGUUGGUUUUUGGUCUCUUUUGGAUCCUACUCUUUGUGAAACUAGGUUCUCUUUAUCCACCCAGUUUCUUUUUGAGCGACGAGUAUGAGAAAUUCUCAUUCCCGCGUCGUGUCUGGCAACUUCACAUGUUUGGAUUUGUCAAUCGGCUCAAAUAUUACGGAUCCUGGUCCCUGACCGAAGGUGCUUGUAUUCUAUCGGGUCUCGGAUACAACGGCUUCGACCCGAAGACAGGCAAGGUUUUUUGGGAUCGUCUGGAAAAUGUCAAUCCUUGGGGCCUAGAGACUGCGCAGAACACUAGAGGAUAUCUCGAGAAUUGGAACAAAAAUACGAAUCAUUGGUUGCGGAACUACAUUUAUUUACGAGUCACGCCCAAGGGUAAGAAGCCAGGAUUCCGGGCUAGCCUGGCAACCUUUGUUACCAGCGCCGUCUGGCAUGGCUUUUAUCCCGGUUACUACCUGUCAUUUGUUUUGGCAUCCUUCAUUCAGACUGUCGCAAAGAAUGUCCGACGCCAUGUUCGCCCUUUCUUUCUGAGCCCAGAUGGAUCUAAGCCGACGGCCUUGAAACGUUACUAUGACUUGGCAUCUUGGUUUGCAACUCAAUUAAUUAUGUCGUUUACAGUCGCGCCAUUCGUCAUUCUCUCCUUCUCCGACACAAUUGCAUUAUGGAGACAUGUGUAUUUCUAUGGAGUUUUGGCCGUUGCUUCAGCAGUUGCGUUCUUUGUCAGCCCCGCCAAGGGCUACCUUAUCGCACAACAGAAGAAACGCAGUCGUCCAGCAUUGGCACGAACUGUCAGCGCAGAGAAUCCUGUGUUGGGUCUUCCAAAUGAUCUAGAGAAGGAAGUCGACAAUGCAAUUAAGGAGAUUUCCGAAGACAUUGAAGAGAUGCGCAAGAACGGCUCUAAGGUUUCUAUGCCGUCGCCUCAGGAACUACGUGGUUUGGUGGAGGAAAAACUUGGCCAAAAGAAGUAG